AUGACAAGAUGGCUAUUGGCUUUAGCAGAAUAUGAUAUCACUUGCGUCACUCCUAAGGCUAUUAAAAGCCAAGCACUUGCAGACUUAUUGGCCCAGUUCCCAUCUGGUGAACAUGAACCUGCAAAGGUACCUCUACCAGGUGAGGUCCAUGUCUCAACAGCUGCAAUUGAGACUUAUUGGGACUUAAAGUUUGAUGGAGCUUCCGACACUGAGAAAUGUGGAGCUGGUAUAACACUAACCAGUCAAGAAGGAGAGAAGAUCCAUCUAUCAUAUAAGCUUGACUUUGAGUAUUCAAGCAACGAGGCCGAAUAUGAAGCGUUGAUAUUGGGCCUGAUAGUUGCCCAAAAGAAGGGCCUCCGCAAGUUGAAUAUCUGGGGCGACUCCAAGUUAGUCGUUACGCAAACAAUGGGUGAUUUCGCAUUAAAGGAGCCUCUGUUGGCCCCAUAUCGCACUAUAGUUCAAAGGUUACUUACUCAGUUUGAUGACGUCCAAAUCCCGUAUACCCCUCGAACACAUAACCAUUUCUCCGAUGCCUUGGCUACACUGGGGGGGCAAAUGUGGAGAUACCAGAUGAUAAUAUAG